AUGAAGCUCAUUACUGAAAAUGAAAAAAGUGACCAUAAAAGUCACAUUAUGAAACAAGGUUCCAAAGGUUUUUUAAUUGGUUCAGUUGUUGGUUUAGGUUUGAUUAGAUAUUUCAAAUUCAAACAACCACUCAAAUACAAUUCAUUCAAUUGGACAAUCAAAGCAUGUUUAUACACCAUGCCUACUUUAGGUUUUACUGCAUUUUUAACUGAUAAUGGUGGUACUCAAUUUUUCAAAUCUCGUUAUCGUUCACCUCAUUUACAACAAGAAAAACAAGUCAAAUCUCAACAAUUGGACAAUUUAUCGAUGCUGGAAAGAAUCAUCUAUCGUUUAAAUGAACAUAAAUAUAAAUUGGUUGUUGGUGCAUGGGCUGGUUUCCUUUUUGGUGCUUGGAGAGUAAUCAACAAGGAUUUAUUGUUGACAAAGACUCAAAAAUUGAUUCAUGCUAGAGUUUACGCUCAAGCAUUUACCAUUGGAAUCUUGUUGAGUACUUUGUACUUGAACAUGAAGGAAGUUGAGUUGAAUAACAAAUUGCCUCAAUUGCCACAAAGCUGGGAAAGAGUAUUAAAGGAAAAAGGUGAGUUAUAG